AUGGCCGCAUUCAAUGAUCCCCAGAAAUUGGCGGAUGCCAUCGCCCUCGCCGCGAGCUUCAAAACCGGGCAAUUCAAGGAAAAGAGACAUGGUAAAUCCAGAGCACGAGCCGAAGCAAUCGAUUUUUCUGAGAGACAUGGAGCGGAAUCAAUCACUGGCAUGAAGCAUCACGAUCCUGCCAGGCACUCCCAGCUCGGGCGUGUCGCAGAAAGAAGUAGACAAUAUGAUGCUACCGGAUUUGUUCAGCCUUCUCAAAGGAAGUAUAGUAGCGAUGCUCUGGACAAAGGUUGGAAAAUCGGACAACUUAGGGCUGAAGAUGCAGUAAUAGGGAAAGCCGUAUUCGACUUUCUUAACCGAAGCGACAUGGCACUGACACCAGCUGCGACGCCUCAGCCUUUAACCAGAACUCCAGCGACUUCGCAAAUGACUGCGAAUUUUACUGGUCCCAGAUCACCAGUAUUAGAUAGUGAUAGUACACCGUUGACACCCGAGAGUAUGAUUCAGGGGCCGCGUGACAAGAAUAAUAGCAGUCCAGCAGACACGUCUCAAAUGCCUGCUGAUGAGCAAGAGGCUGACCAGCUUGCCGUAUUACUCAGCUCUUUCUCCUUCAAGGAAAGAAGUUCGACAGGAAAUGGUCCGGGGCAUAUCAUGGAUAGAUUUUUGGAGCUGUUAGCUAAAAACGUUGAGGUGUCCGAACACUUUGGCCUUGAUAAGCAGUCGUGUGUCAAGAAUGAUUACACUACGACUCGCAGCGAUGCCGAACAUGAUGAGAAAAAGGAAGCCGCGGAAACCACUGCUGCCUAUCAAUGUCACCAGUCAAAUAUGGCGGACCAACCUGACUUCUUCAACACAAAUACGGUGCCAGCUACAACGAAGAGCAAGCAACUCUGCAGUCCUCCAUCGAAAGGAGCCGUGGUAUUGGAUGACGACCAGUAUCAGGAAGAAAAGCUGCCCUUUACCGGUCAGUUCAAUUCACCCUCUGAUGUUCAAUUUCCAAUGCCCAAUACGUACUGCGAAUCAACCGCAGCAACGUGUGAAACGCAGUUUGCAGCUCCAACCUUGGACAGCCGCCAACCACAGCCAAUGCAAGGUCUUUCAGCCUCGAGGUGGGCACACCAGCCGUCAAAGAAGUCUGGGUGA